UUCCAUUCUGUUCGUGUGGGUAAAUUCCCAUGUUUUAGUUGUAUUUGAAAGCACCGGGUGACUCAUGCAGACAACCAAUAGGGUUCCGCUCAUACUGACAAACGUCCAAUCAGACAGCCCGUAUCAUGUUGAGAGCAAUUCAACAUGGAGACAACCGUUGAGAAGCUUGAGGCAAUGUUCCUGAAGUCAGAAGCAGACCUGGAAUACACUGAGAGGCGGCUGAGGUUAGACUUCAUCAACAGCACUGCAGAGAAUGGAUACUCUGCUGAGGAGAACAUGGCAGUGAUGCUAGAAACUCUGAAGAAAAUCAAGGCCAAGCACUGUGCUCUGUGGGGUGAUGUGAGGGAGACGGCCCGCGCACAGAGAGAGUCCAUGGACUCCAUCAGGAACAAUCUCAAUACCGUCAUGGAUCUGAUCAGUCUCUGCCAUCAGAGUUCUGAUUUUCAGGCUGUGUCCUUGACUGAGUCGGAGCAGGAGUCAGCUGCACUGCUCGCUUCAGCCGUCCCACCAGCAGAGGCGUCUCCUGUUAAAGGAGCUUGUGGUGCACAAUAUUCCAAAGGGGACCACCCAACAUGGAGGACAUGAUGCAGCCAGCUGGAGCUGUAGCAGCACCACCAGCUCCAUUUGGCUGUUUUCUGUCUGCUGCCACCAGAAAUCCAAAUCCCAAAACAACUCCUGCAGAGAGGCGGGGGGAAGAAGGCGUGUGUUUGUCCAUGGCUGAUGUCCGGAGAGCCCCACCACUCAUAGCUUUCAGAUGUGAGCAGAGGAAUGGACAUGUUUGACUGAGAACAAACUUGAGGCCACCGGCGUGUUAAACAUGCAGUGAAACUGCCGGCAGUAAAUGGAGAAUGCUGACUUUUUUAUUUUUCUAGUAUUUACAAAAAACAAAGUCUUCCUAGUACAAGAUUAUGAAUUGAAUGUCCCUGUUCUUACAGCAUCCAGCCUCCUUGGGUCAGGACACUAGCCCCUCUGACCGGACUCCACCUCUUUUCUUUGUAAACCAAAACAGCAAAGAAUAAAAAACAAUCUGAGACAUGCUGAUUUUAUGCUGUUUGUGAACUGGAGGAGCAGUAUCCUUCAAUGGGACUAGAACUGUGUGCCUCGCCAACAGAACCAAAUGACCACACGGACUCUGAGAGGCGUCGCCACGGCGCUGGAGGGGGUGUGAGAGCCAGCGGCCUGGGACAGGACCAGGACGUAUGAGCAGCCAGGUCUGGAGAAACCCGGUUACACAGAGACACCGUAUUAGGAGGUUUAAGCACAGAGGAGGAAGGCUCCAGUCCUCCCUCCAUUUUUUAUAUGGGUUUAUCAUUUCUUGGCCUAAAAUACCAGCCUUUUUUUAGAUAAGUGCUGGGAAUGACUUGGUAAUUUCUUAUCAACAAAAUAUCCUGCAGUUUGACAUUUAACCCUCACCCAGAUUACACCCUGGACAGGGCACCCCACCAUCACAGCUCCACCACCACACCCACAGUUACACCACACAGAAGAAAGGAAAGACACCACUUGUUCAGAAAUGAUUUGUUUUCCUCAACGCAUUUAGUGUUCAUUUGCAGAGACUGAUGAAAAUAAGGUCUGUCUUAGCAUCACAUUCCAUUUUCAUAUGCACAUCCUAACCCAUUUUAAAUGAUGAAAUAUUUUCUCUGGAAGUUUUAGUCUCAAAAGUGAAUUGUAUUUUAAUAAUUUCUUCAAAGCGUAUUUAUUAGAAAAAAAAUACUCCAGAAUAAAUCUAUACAGAAUAGUAAUGAGUUUACUCACUGACCAUUUUUAUGUACAGAUUGUAUGUAAAUACAAAUUAAAACUACACAUGUGAAAAUAAACAUUUGCUGAAUUGAAUAAUACGUUGUUUAUGCCAAGGAGGGAGAGACUUAGAUUAGUCAUGCAUGAUGUCAAGUUAAGAUGGAGUGAAGC